GAAGAAACAAAUCUCGCCUCCAGGCUCCAACUCGUCUCUUGCAUUUCCCGCUUUGCUUUCACUUCUUUCCCCGCCUCGCCCGCCUCUUCGCCGCCUCUCCCCUUCUCCUCCUAGGUUUAGGGUUUCCCCGGCGGCGACCGGAGUCAAGGCUGUAUCACGUCGUGACCGACAAGUCACUACAGUAGAACGCAGGGCGUUUGCUUCAAAACUGUCAGUUGUAUGGAGAUGGAAAUGACCCCUGAAUUAUUGUAUGGACAGAACGUAUAUGUUCCAGCUACUGUAAAUUCCUAUACAUAUGGUUAUGCAGAAGUUGGAUCACCUAUGGAUUGGUAUAACCAUCAGAAUUCUCUAGGAUAUGAUGCUCAAGAUGUUUAUUAUCCGGCUUUCCAGACUAACGGCACACAGUGUGUUUACUAUGCUACCCCUGACAAUGGAUCAGUUCAUCCUUCCUACAGCCCUUACCCUAUGGAUCCUGGUUUCAUAGUUGAUGGAUCUUAUCUGCCACAAGAAUAUGUCCCUGAUACUGACCCUACAUACCAAGUAGUUCCCUCAUCCUAUUACAUUCCAUCUGUUCUCCCUUACGCACUAGAUAGUGUCCUAGGAAUCACUGCUGCAUCUCUCCACCCAUCUAGUGUUGCAUUCAUUCCAAGCAUGCCAGCUUAUGCUGCAACAUCCGCAAAUCAUGCGUUACCUUCGAUGGCUCUUGUUGCCCCGAAAAAUGAUGUUGCCGUGAAUCCGCCUGCACAAUCAACAAUUGUUUCUUCAAAGCAGUUUCAGAACCACUCAAUGAUGCCAAUUAUUCAGUUGCAUAACCCACUUCCAAUGAAGCAAGAGCUGGGAAAUGGGUCCAUGGUGCCCGUUAAACCUCUUCAUACCCUGCAGACAUCUACAAAUGUGCUUGCCAGGCCAAUGGCUGCUGCCAAGCAUUCACCAAAGGCAAAACUAUCUGGAAAUGGUUGUUUUGCAUGUGUCGAAUCUGAUCCUCAGAAGUGGGCUUCAGCUGAGAAAUUUCAGCCUACUUCAAAUUCGAGUGGUCAACUAAAGGCACAUGGCUCUAGUAAUGCGGAGAAACACAGCGGCCACAGGUCACCAGCCAUAGUUGCAAAAUCCUACACGUCAAGGCUCGUUGUUGGGAACUCAGAUGGGACAAUCCUUAUAAGACCUGACCAAUACAAUGGCAAUGAUCUCCGACUGAACAAUCCCUAUGCAAAGUUCUUCGUUAUCAAGUCAAUUGGUGAGGCCGAUAUCCACAAAUCAAUAAAGUAUGGUGUAUGGUCUAGUUCUUCCAGUGGAAACAGCAAGCUGGAUUGUGCAUAUAGGGAUGCUGACCGAAUAGCUAAGAGGAAUUCUACAAAGUGUCCAGUUUUUCUGUUCUUUUCUGUGAAUGGUAGCGGGCACUUUUGUGGCUUGGCUGAGAUGGUUGGUCCUGUCGAUUUUCAUAAGGACAUGGAUUUCUGGUGCCAGGAUAAAUGGAUUGGUUGCUUUCCUGUAAGAUGGCAUAUAAUCAAAGACGUACCUAACUAUACCUUGCAGCAUAUCUUGCUUCAGAACAAUGAAAAUAAGCCUGUCACACACAGCAGAGAUACACAAGAGGUCCUGUACGUUCCUGGAAUAUCUGUGCUCAAGAUCUUGAAGGAAAUCCAAGUGAAGGAGUGCCUAUUUGAUGAUUUUGUGAGAUACGAGGAAGAUGAAGCAAGAAUUAAGCAGCGCAGAUGGUCCAAGUUGAGUCACAAUGCUCGAGAUUUCGUGCCUGUCUUACAGCGCAAGAGCGAUGCCUUGGACCUUCAGCUGCCAAAAUUUGGUGGUGUGCUGAUAGACAGAACAUUGGAGAUACAGAACAUGUCAGAGAAGAUGCAUGAUUUUAAUGGCAUCAAACAACAGGAUGCUGUUGAAAAAAAAGCUGGUAGUGAAGCUGAGAAAGAAAAUGGGCAUCAAGAAAGCUAUUGUAAUGGCAAGCAGGAUGAUGAAAAAGUGCCUAGAUCUUCAACUAGCCAGCCACAAACUUCUACCUUGAAAACGAGCAUGGAUGGGAAGCAACAAUACUGGAAGAAGGUGGAAAAUCCUAAACCGAAUCCUGAAGGUGCUGGACAUUGAUCGUCAAAAUUGUGUGAGAACGGAGUUAAUAUUAGCUUGGAUAUUGUUGUCACAUUGGAGGCACCUGAAGAUGUUGUGACCAUUGGCUCAUUGCCAAUCCGGGUCAACAAAUCUGUUGGGUAAUGCGGGCUACCUUUUUGCGUUUCUAGUCUCUCUUCCUGGUCCAGCUCCAGUUGUUAUUCCAGCUUUAAGGCGAUGAAAAGGAAUAGACUACUUACAUUCUAGUUUCAUGGUCAAGAAAACAGUUGUUUUAUUUUGGAAAGGAAGGAUGGAACAUGGAAUCACAGUACAAGAUAUAAUUCUCCUUAAACUUAAGAAAAAAGUUGAGAUGGAUGAAA